AUGGAGGACAUCUAUGGUCGUGGGCCACCACAGAACGUGACAGUGACUGCAGGUGUGACAAGUCUCACUGUGUCAUGGUAUGCACCUGAUAAACCUCCUCCCUACUACAUCGUGAAUAUUGAUAAUAGACACCAAGAAACACAACGAACCUUAGUCGUCUUUAAUAAUUUACAACCUUGUACAUCGUAUGAUAUAUUUUCGGUAUCUGUGUACGAGGGCGAGUCAUACCUGACCUAUGACAGCGGUAGAACACUGGACUCAGUGCCGCCGCCACCACAAAGUUGCUGGUUUGAUAACAUCACAAGCACAACUAUGACGUUGUACUGGCAAGACGUAGAUUUUGCCUGUCCAAUUAUCAGCCACAACAUCAGCUUGUCAUGGGACGUCUUGUGGAGUGAUGACGUUGGUUCAGAUAUCACUAACACCACCAUCACGGGUGACUACAUCACACUGCUCGGCAUUCCUCCCUAUACCAACGUCACAGCACAAGUUGCAGCUGUUACAGAUGUUGGUUAUGGUCCCUCCACAAGUUGCUGGAAUGUUACAUCUCAGGAUGGUAAGUUUACAUUGUCUAAUUUUGAUAAUGUAUUUCAUAUUAAAAUGAUUGUAAUUAUAGAAGACAAUGGACAUCAAAAAUACUUUGAUCUGCAACUUAGAUAAAUAUAAGUGUUCUUAUGUAAUAU